AGCAGCAAAUGCUGUUACUUUAUUAAUUGAACAGUAGGAAACAUGACGGUUGUAGUUUAUUCACACUCGUAUUUAUUCGCUCAAACGUUUGUUUCUAUUCAUUUUGUCCCCCCAGAGCUCCCACAGUCACGUGUCUGUAAGCCGCAGGAGGUUCUCUCUGACCACCAGCAGCUGUGUCUCCAGGAGAGGAACCCCAGUGUGGACCAAGAGGACCCAGAUCCUCCACAGAUUAAAGAGGAACAGGAGGAACUCUGCAGCAGUCAGGAGGGAGAGCAGCUUGAACCGAAGCAGGAGGCCGACACCUUUACGUUGACUCCGACUUGUGAGGAAACUGAUCACAGUGAUGAUGAGACUCCGUUUUUGAAUCCUGACAAAAGUCAGAGUGAAUCAGAGGCAGAGCCUCCAGCUAGCACGUGUACCAGCUCAUUAGAUGAGGAAAUGGACUGUGAGCGUUUUGUGGGACCAGAACCAAACAUCUCUCAUGAAUCUGAUAGCAAAGAUCAGAAAGGAGUAAAACGUAGUUUAACAUCAACCAAGGAGCCACAACAGCAGAUUCUGGCUCCUGCAGUGAACUGAUGUUUUGACAAUGCAGGAGAUAACGCUGUGACCAUAUGAGGCACACAAGGGAACUGAGGGAGGAAAGUGGUACAGGAAGCGUGAAGAUAAAUCACUAUCUGACGCAGUGCUCCUAGCACAGAAUGGUACAGAGUGGGGAACACCUGAACAUCCUGGUUAACAUCCGUCUGAGACAAAACCAGCUCAAACUAGUUUUCAAGGACAUGAGAUUAUAAAAAAAGGGUCAGAGUCGGACAGCAGGCAGACUCUGGGAGGGAUCGCUUAUGAUACGUGUUCAGGGUCUCCAGGUGCACCUGCGGGGAAUUGCUCAAUGUAUUUGCUUGUAAUGUAACUGCUUUUUCUCUUCUAAAUAAACAUUUUUAACUUGAUUGAUUUACGUGU